AUGAAUUACUUCCACCCAGAUGCCGCUAAGGACUUCUUGAAGGCAAAGGUGUAUGGACAACCGUACAUGCCUCGCGAUACAAGUGAAUUGCUCUUUCUCCUUCGCAUUCAAGCCAGGCUGUGGCUUUUGUUUGUGGUUUCUCAGUUCAAGCUCAAGUACAGUUCUGACCCAGUGUGGGGACCUACAUUUCUACUCCGUGAUUCUGUGUUUAUUUACGUGGUAUACUUGUAUUUGUGUAAAGCACAAAGGCACGUUUGUGGAUAUGGUAUCAUAGGAACACUCGGCGCUAUUAAAACACAGAUUCUUAGAACUACCUUCCUGAUUGUGUUAAUUUUACCAGGUGUGAAGUCUAAGGUUGAUAAAGAAUUGCAGAAGACGGUUGCAAAAAUCGAGGAAAUGGUGAUAUUGAAUGAUCAAGAGCUUCUACAGCUUCCCCAAUUGCCUCAGAAUGGCUUGCCAGAUGCCCGAGUGCUUGUGGAAUUAGAUAAAUUACAGACUUUGAAACACUCAGACUGGUCAAAUGGUAGAGUCAGCGGUGCCGUGUACCACGGUGGAAGCGAGUUGAUGAGUUUACAGUCAGAUGCCUACCGAAAGUAUUCUAUUGCCAACCAAUUACACCCAGAUGUGUUUCCUGGAGUUCGGAAGAUGGAAGCAGAGGUGGUUGCAAUGGUAUUGAAGAUGUUCAAUGGCCCCGAAACAUCGUGUGGGUCCACCACUUCGGGAGGAACCGAGUCGUUGUUGUUGGCAGGUUUAGCCGCCAGAGAGUUUGGAAAGCGUGCAAAGGGAAUCACUUCUCCUGAAGUAAUUGCCCCGAUGACCAUUCAUGCCGGUAUUGAGAAGGCAUGCUACUACUUCGGCAUGAAGUUACACAAGGUCGACUUGGAUCCUGUGACCUACCAGGUGAAUUUGAAGAGCGUCAAAAGACACAUUAACUCCAACACGGUGUUGUUGGUGGGAUCAGCCCCUAAUUACCCUCAUGGAAUUAUUGAUGACAUCGAAGGGCUAUCAAAGCUCGCAUUGAAGUACAACAUCCCCUUACACGUGGAUGCGUGUUUGGGUUCUUUCAUUGUCCUGUUCUUGGAGAAGGCUCGUGUUCAUGAAAAGGUUCCGUUGUUUGACUUCAGGGUGCCGGGAGUAACAUCCAUUUCUUGUGAUACCCACAAGUACGGUUUUGCACCCAAGGGAUCUUCCAUUAUCAUGUACCGUACCAACGAAUUACGAAAGUGCCAGUACUAUGUCUCGUCUGAAUGGACAGGAGGGAUGUAUGGAUCACCCACUUUGGCCGGAUCCAGGCCUGGUGCAUUGGUUGUGGGAUGCUGGGCCACUUUGGCGUCUAUUGGUGAAGACGGAUACACCCAAUUUUGCAAAGACAUCGUGGGAGCCAUGCUUAGAGUUAAAAGAGCUGUCAAAGAUAACCAAACUCUCAAGGAGAAUUUGGUGGUGAUAGGAAAUCCACUUGCUUCAGUUGUAGCAUUCAAGGCUAGAAACAAGAAUUUCAGUAUCUACAAGCUCGGUGACAUGUUGACGUCCAAAGGAUGGCAUUUUGCAACUUUACAACACCCAGCCGCCUUGCACUUUGCCAUGACAAGGCUUACCAUCCCCAUUAUUGACGAAUUGAUCAAUGAUUUAACCGAAUGUACCAAGCUCACGGCGGAAGACGAAAGUUCAGCUGAGUCAGACACUGCUGCAUUGUACGGUGUAGCAGGAAGUGUACAGACAGUUGGGGUUGCUGAUAAAAUCAUUGAAGCGUUUUUAGAUGCCAUGUACAAGCUUUAA